GUUACUAGGGCAAUCUGCCGGAAGAGUCAGGUUCUGGGUAUGUCUCCGCGUCUUCCGCGGAGCGGGUGUGCAGGGCCUGCAGCAUUGAACUAGAUGUCGUCCCCGCAGGCCCCAGAAGAUGGGCAGGGCUGUGGCGACCGCGGCGAUCCCCCUAGGGACCUCCGUAGCGUCUUGGUCACGACCGUGCUCAACCUCGAGCCGCUGGACGAGGAUCUUUUCAGAGGAAGGCAUUACUGGGUACCGGCCAAGAGGCUGUUUGGUGGUCAGAUCGUGGGCCAGGCCCUGGUGGCUGCAGCCAAGUCUGUGAGUGAAGACGUCCAUGUGCACUCCCUGCACUGCUACUUUGUUCGGGCAGGGGACCCGAAUGUGCCAGUACUGUACCAAGUGGAGCGGACACGAACAGGGUCGAGCUUCUCGGUGCGCUCUGUGAAGGCCGUGCAACAUGGGAAGCCCAUCUUCAUCUGCCAAGCCUCCUUCCAACAGGCCCAGCCCAGCCCCAUGCAGCACCAGUUCUCCAUGCCCACUGUGCCACCACCAGAAGAGCUGCUUGACUGUGAGACCCUCAUUGACCAGUAUUUAAGGGACCCUAACCUCCAAAAGAGGUACCCAUUGGCGCUCAACCGAAUUGCUGCUCAGGAGGUCCCCAUUGAGAUCAAGCCAGUAAACCCAUCCCCCCUGAGCCAGUUGCAGAGAAUGGAGCCCAAACAGAUGUUCUGGGUGCGAGCCCGUGGCUAUAUUGGCGACGGCGACAUGAAGAUGCACUGCUGCGUGGCCGCCUAUAUCUCCGACUAUGCCUUCUUGGGCACUGCACUGCUGCCUCACCAGUGGCAGCACAAGGUGCACUUCAUGGUCUCACUGGACCAUUCCAUGUGGUUCCACGCCCCCUUCCGAGCUGACCACUGGAUGCUCUAUGAAUGCGAGAGCCCCUGGGCCGGUGAGUGUGGGGCCGUGUGGGACAAGGGCACUGACCUUGGGUGGCAGAAGCCUGCUUUCUUAGGUGAUGCUGAUUUCCUGACUUCCUGUGUGGCACUGCACAGGUCACUUCCUUUCCUUCCCUCCCAGGCUUUGGCAUCUUCAUCUUCAAAAUGAGAGGGUGAGGCUGGGACACCCGCUCUGCUCUAAAUUUCUAGAAUGUGCUGGAAAUGUGAUUCACCUUCUCCCAGGGACCCAGUUCUAGUCCCAGAACCAGUUCAGAUUCUUUGUAUUACAAUAGGCAAAUCAUAUCUUCUGUCUGAGCCUCAGUUUCCUCAUCUAAACAAAGAGGGUUACAUUACAGCAGUGGUAUCCAAACUCGCAGCCCAUCAGACUGCCAUUUGGGGAUGCCUUUUCAAAAUAGAUUCUGAUUCCACCCUCAAGAUUCUGACUCAGUAGGUCUUGGAUAAGGUCCAGGAAACUGUAUUUUUAAGUUCUCUAAGUGAUUCUGAUUAACCUGAUUGGGAUCAGGGCAUUCAGUGGUCCCUAAGGGCCUGCUUGGACCUUCCUUGCAGGGGAGAGAAACAAGACUCAUUCAUCAAUAUCUAGCUUCAGAACCCUGACCUCCUUUCCAAGGGAGUACAUUUCAAAUGAAGAAAAGCUUUGCUUGAUAAACCAAGGACAAAAUUAAGGACUCUUUAUACUCAGAUAAGGGGUAUUCUCAAGUACCAAUAGCAUCACAAUCCAAGAUUGAUAACCUUGAAUUGAGGACAUGGGUUCAGAUUUGGCCUUAUCAUGGGGCCAAAUUCCUGACCCUCUCUGGAUUUCAGUCCUGGUCUGGAAAACUGGGCAACGCAUAACUGAUUCAUUUGGCUGCUGUGAGAACUGAGUGAGCUCUGCUAUAUGUAAGGGAAACCAGCAGUCAUCCUCAUAAACAUCAAACUUGGACCCAAAGCCAGCAAGGGAGAAAGAGUCUCCAGGUGGGGAGGGAAGAGGCCAGACCUCAUGGCCUCAGGUCCUCUCUGCUGAGUCCCUUCUUCCCCUUGGUGGUGGUAGUGGGAAUAUUUUUCAUGAAUUACCACUUGGAGGACCUGGCUUGAUUUAUUAUACAGGGAGCUGAUAGUUUUCCUAACACAAGUGGCCAGAGGUACAGCAGUUCUGCUUGGCCGAGCUGUUGAAGGAGACUGUUCUCAGAGCUCCUCCCUCUGUGAUCUUUUUGAGGAAGCGAGCAGAGGUGUGAAAGUGCUUUUAAACUGUCAAGUGGGGUUCCUGUGGGAGGAGUUACCGCUCAAUGACAGUCCAUAAUAAGCUCAUGAAGGGGCAUUUGGAGCAGCCACGAUGCUCAGUGCACCCUUGUGUGGGGCAGCCCUGCCCUGGGCCAGACCCUUUGCAAGAAGUCCACUUGGAGGUCGGGCUUGGUGAUGUGUGCCUGUAAUCCCAGCUGCUCAGGAGGCUGAGGCAGGAGGAUCCCUUGAACCCAGGAGCUUGAGACCAGCCUGGGCAACACAGUGAGACUCUGUUUCAGGAAAAAUAAAAAGUGUAUUUGGCUGUUCUGAAGCAGGCCAUCGUCACCCUUCACCUCACCCACAGGUGGCUCUCGGGGGCUGGUCCAUGGGCGGCUGUGGCGUCAGGAUGGAGUCCUAGCUGUGACCUGUGCCCAGGAGGGCGUGAUCCGAGUGAAGCCCCGGGUCUCAGACAGCAAGCUGUAGCCAGAGGUACCAGCUUCACCUGGGGCUUCAAGAACCUCCCAUCUAUCCCCAUUUCUGAGACAGGAGUUACAGUCCCUUUUGGCCCUCACAUCCAAUAAAGAGACUGAUACCACUGGA